AUCAACAAAGUAAAUAGUAUACAAAUCCAUAAGAAAGAAUCUAACAGUUUAUGGAUUGUGGAAUAUAGAAGAAAACUUACCUAUAGAUAAACUUCAUGAGCUAUAUGAUUAUGACAGUAUACCUCCUUAAGUAAACCUAAACGAAGAGAUGCCGUUAUGAAGAGUGUUUGUUUGUCAGCUGCUAUGGUCUGUGAUCUUUACGUAGUGACGUGAUGCGGCGCUAUUCAUGACAAAUACGAUUAUGAGACAUUACUAGCGUAGAAUGGUGGUAGGCCGUUAGGGACUUGUACACACAUGCAAUGUUGGAUUAUUCGUGACGCACUUUAGAUACUCUUAUGUGCUCAGUGUUCCAUGAAAGUAGUAGGUAUCGUAUACUGAACAAGGUGCACAGCAAAAUUGCUAGAGGCAAUCUAGUGACAUGGAAAUAAUAAAUACAGCAAAUCCACACACCUUAAAAAAAUCCUUCACCGAAGAAAAGUGGCAAUACUACUUCACAAAACAAGACUGAUGCUCAAGCAGUUCAGGCAGACCCUUCACCCAGCAGCCACAAGGGCAAAGAAACCAAGGAGCCAAAAGUGAAAUAAUGGAUUGCAAUAUUCCAGUGCAACAUAGAAUAAGAUGUGUGACAGUGGCUUUGAUGUGGACUGUAUGGAGUUUAUGGAGAAUAUCUUCAGCUUUAUUUCUGUUUGCACAUCAUGUUUUGAACUCACAUGCAUUAGUUUGGGAAAAAGACAAAACAGCAAUAUAUAACAGAUGAUCCAAACAAAACCUAAAGAAAGCCUUUUUCUUUUCAUUCAAAUGGAGACAAUUUUAGUGUUUUCAUAUGUGCAUAGUUUUGACUUAUAGGAGAAAGGAAUUAGUAUCAUGUUCCCAUCAGUUUUGAAAAUAUAUAAACAAGAAUGGAUGACUUUUCAAUGUGUAUAUUUUAUACAUAUAUGUAAUCAGUGAAAAUAAAUUGAGUAUUUGUACUUGAAGAUUUGAAUCAAAAUGAGUGCCAGUAGAAAAUUGUGCCUCAGUCGCAAGAGAGAGAGAGAAUUGUGUCCUGAGGGUAAACAUGACAUUUCUGAUGACUUCCAAGAGGCUGCUACAGGCUUCAGGCUUCCAAAGAGACUGCGGAGUGGUAAAUCUCAGGGUAAGUCUAAGAGAACUAUGCAUGACCUAGAUACUGAAGAGAAUCCGGCAUCUAUAGCAAACAAGGAUCCACCUGAUGAAAACACUACAAAUGCUUCCCCACAAGACCAACAUUUACAAGAGCAUGAGAAUGAAACAUCAAUAAAGGAAAAUGAUCUUCAAGAAAUGGAAAAAAUGUUAUGUUCUGAGUCUGAAAAAUUAUGUCCAUCAUGCAAGGUAAUAGUACCUAGUGCUGUGUUUACUGCCCACUUUAAAGAGUGCCUACAAAAAUUUAAAUGGACUAGAGGAGAAUAUAAACAGAAGUUACCAGAAGAUGAUAGAGAGGGAGAAACAAAUCAGCAAGAGGAACAACUGCCAGUAUUACCAUGUCCUGUUUGCAAGAAGCCUUUUAAAUCUAAAGUUCAGCGUGUGUCCCAUAUCAAAGCCUGUGCUCAGGGUCAUGGCUUAACAUCAGAGCAGCUUCUUCUGGCCUCAAGACUACUGGAAAAACAAACAGAGGAGUGGAGUGAGCUGGGACUCCCUUCUAUUCAACAGCCGCAGAAUACCAAACCAAAACCACAAAAAUCUGUGAAGCAUACAGAAGACCUAAAUGAUCCUGACAUAGCCAUGGCUCUUGCUUUGUCUCGCUCCAUUGUUGAAGAGGAAGUGGAAUCAAGAACAUCAAGAGAGGAAAAGCUGUUUGCUCUUGGGAUGGAGGAUAUUGUGAAUGAAGAAAGGAAGGUGAAGCCUGUGCUGCUACCACCACUGGAGUCUGUCAUUAGUAACAUGAGAAAGCAGGGGAAGAAAACUGCAAGGAACCGUAAAGGAUGUGGUCGAAUUUAUAAUACUGCUUUGGUCACACGCUCUGUGGAAGAAAGGGAGAGGCUGAUCAGUGAAAAAGUUGCAGUACUGUUAACUUCUACUGAUACUGCAGAAGGUGGAUGGACCAAUAGUGAGACUCCAAGACAUUCCACAAGAUUAGUUCCUCUAGUGAACAAGCCAUGCCAACUUUGGGAAGCUGCCAGAAGUGGCACUGAUGAGCCCAUCCACAGUUUUUAUGUACCUGACUUGGAACCAUACAUUAUUCCUAAAGAGAGAGUCAUUGGGUCUCUCUUCAGACAUCUCUCACAAGUCCCAGGUCGUGUGAACACCACUGCCCUGCAUGCUAUGGAUGAGGAGUCUGAUUCAGAAUGUGAAAUAGAGACGACCUCAGAAGUAGAAGAAUUUUGCACACAGAUGGCCUUAGCUGAGCUCAUGGGUUCUCAAGAGGAACAGGACCUUAAUUCAGAAACAGAGUUGGAACAGACACCAGGAGUGAUGGACACUCAGGGUUUCUUUUUACCAAGGCAAAUUACUAAAACACAAGAGGAAAACAAAGUGAAGACCAGUUUACUUGCCAAUAAUUCUGGCUUGCAAUUAUGUGAAUUAAAUGGAAGCAAUAAUCUGGUAAAUAACUGUAAGGAAAAUGCUACAGAGGUGAAAGAAAGCUCAAAUUUGAGAAAUGAAGGUGUUACAUCACCAUCAUUAGAAGGCUUUCUACAAGUGUAUGAAGAGAAAUAUGAAAAUAUUGGUACUCCUUCAUUGAAAAAACAAAAUGAUUUUGACCAUAACUCAGAUCAACAUAUUCAUGAUAGAUAUGAGUUUGGUGGAAGCAUAUCUGAAACCAUAAGAUCUGGUCAAAACUGUGAAAGAGAGGCCAGCUCUCAGGAAAAAGAUACAUUACAAAGUAUUCAAAUACUGUUUGAAUCAAUUAACCAUGUUGAUGUUAUUUCAGAAGAUGAAACUCUAAUCCACAGUCAUUCAAUCACUGCAUCUUGUAAAACAAAUAGCAAAAAAUAUCAUGCAGAAAACAUAGGUUUUGAGUCUGAUACAGAUUCUAGAGGUCAGUCCCAGACACCUGAGUCAAAUAUUGAUAAUCCUUUUAAUGAAUUUGGUUGUAAAAAAUCUUCAGGACUUCAUUCUUUAUGCAGUUUAUGCCCACCAGAGAACAAUUCGUGUAAUAAAUGUGACAGUGAUAAGAAACAGUUGGAAGACAGCCCAUUGCAUUCUUCACGGUAUGAUAAAGAUUCAUAUGCAACACCCAAGAAAGCCUGUGAGCAUGAGAAGGCUAGUUUAGAAACUUCAUGCAUGGGAUCAUCUAGAUCUAGAAAUAAUAGUAUGCUCCAGUUUAGUGGAAAGGAUUAUUCAGAAACUAAUAAGCAACUUGAGCAUGAAAUAUCAAAUUCUGCAUCUAAGGAAAAAAUACUCAUAAAGAAUAACUUUGCUAAUAGUAAAAGUGUCUUCAUGAUAAACACAUUAAUUAAAAACUGGAAAGAUAUUUUACAAAGUGGUGCUGAAAGUGAUGUUACUAUUGUAACAUCUGAUGGUUCUUCAUUGACAGCUCAUUCUAUUGUUCUCCUUGCAAGAUGUUCACAGCUCUAUAAGGAAAGUAAGGCAUGUGGAAACUUCAUCAAGUGGGACAACAUACCACAAAAGACUGCUCGUCAUUUUUUGUCAUACUUGUACACUGGCACAUGUGAAGUCACUACUCCUGGUGAUCCUUUAUGGAUGGAGCUAUACGAUGUAGCUCUUCAAUAUGAUUGCAGUGAUCUUGUUUCGUAUAUGGAACUUAUUUACAAAGCUGAAAGAAGCCCUGUGAAAUCUACAAAUACAAGUUUCAAAAGAAAUAGUUUGGUGAAUUCAGAUUCAAAUGUAACACCUUCAGCUUCACCUUCACCUUCAUUGAAAAUACCUGUUGUCAAUUUGGAGCAAGAUUUAGAGCUUAUAAAUAGCCCAUCAGAUUCUAUGAGCAAUUCAGUAGGCAAAUUUAUGAUGGAUGAAAAAACACUGAAGCCAACCAGACUUUUCAUUGAAAAAACACAAAAAGAACUGAAUAACAAAACUUUACCAGAAAAAAAAUUUCUGAAUUUGACUUAUCAGUCACCCAUGAGGAACAAUUUGAAGGUGAGCAUCAGGAGAGGGAUGAAGGAGCAGAUUCACCUGAUUUAUUUGAAUCAUUUUGUUCUAGAAGCUGUACUAAAUCUUCUUUGAGUUGUUCAAAGGUAACAGGUAUCUCACAGCCCUCUUCUCAUGUAAACCAGGAUCACUCAAUGCCCAAAGAACAGAAAAACAUUUGUCAAGAACCACCAAAGACAAGCUCUUCAUACAAACUGUCUUUAAUAGCUGUAGGGAAGGAAG